GUGACUUGUAAUGCGGAAGUCCGGGUGUUUGGUGAGAAAGAAUCAUGUGAAAGCAAUCUUCAUACCUCUGCGCUGGCUCCAACGUGUCUCAGUCAAACAUGGUCGUGUGUUUCAUCCUUGUCCUGGUUCUUCAUACUGUUUCUCAAGUCAGGACACAGGGACAGCAGCAGCAGUGGCCUGUCCCCUACAGGCGCUUUGACCACCGACCUGCUGUGGACUCUUACUGUGAGGCUCUGUACCCGUUCUGUCCCACUGGAGACCACGAUGGACGCAUUCCAUCCAUGAAAGACAGCGAUGUCGUCUCCGUUUACAGGCUGCAGACACCAGUGUGGGAAUUCAAGUAUGGAGAUUUACUUGGGAAACUACAUAUCAUGCACGAUGCUGUCGGUUUCAGCAGCUUGGCGACUGGGGCCAACUACACCAUGGAGUGGUAUGAGCUCUUUCAGCUAGGAAACUGCACCUUUCCUCACCUCAGGCCUGGGGCAUUUGCACCUUUUUGGUGCAACCAAGGAGCCGCCUGCUUCUUCCAGGGCAUCGAUGACUCGCACUGGUCAAAGAACGGCACGCUGGAGAAGAUAGGAGAAAUCACAGGGAACCAGUUCAACGAGAUGGCCCGGUGGGUUCAGGAGGACAACGAGACUGGGAUCUACUACGAGACGUGGACGGUUCUGUCUGACCCCAGCCCAAAUGCGACAGUGUGGUUCGAGUCGUACGACUGCUCCCAGUUCAUCCAUCGUACCUACAGGAAGCUGAAAGAGCUAGGAGCCAGACUGUCCAGCCGAACACAGACCAACUACACCAAGAUCUACCUGUACAGCGGAGAGCCCACGUACCUGGGCAACGACAGCGCCAUCUUUAAACAACCUGCGCUGAAAAACUUAGCAGAGGACAUCCGUGAGUUCUACCACACAUUCAGGCCACACCAGUCGUUUGCUGAGCUCGCCCUCAGCCUGCUGGAAGCCUACAAGCAGAUCGUGCUGGACAAGAGCUUCUACCUUUACUACAACUUUGAGUACUGGCAUCUUCCAAUGAAGCCUCCAUACAUGCACAUUACAUAUGAGGAGGUGCCGUUGCCUUGACAACCCACUUACACUUAAAGAUUUUAUUUAGCUUUUAAAUUUGGUCAUAAAGCCACAGCGCGCUAACGUCUUGUAAUAAUAGCUUCAUAGAGACGUUAAUUUUACAUGUAAUCCCAACUAACUAUGCCAACUGAUUUUAUCAGGUGUUUUCUAUAAUAUCCCUAAAAUGUCAAUUAUAGGGCGGGGACUUUAACGCGUUAAUUAUGAUUGAUUACUUAGAAAAAAAUAACGCGUAAAAAAAAUUAACGCAUUUAAUCGCAGCUUGCAUUUCGAGGAAGGCGGAACCUUUGUCAUUGCACGACUUCCUCGUAGACUGAAUAUCACUGACGCACACAACAAUGCACAGUGCUAAUGGCUACUAAAACAGAAUAAAAACAGAAAGAAGUUGCCUUGCUUGGACUGAUGCAGGAUUUAGGAAACAGUCCGCUUCUUUUUUUGACUUGGAAAAAAAACUUCCAGACGACAACGGAGUCCGUGUCGCGGACAUUUUUCAGAGAUCGAUAUUGCUGCAGCUGCCCGGUGGCAUCGGAAACUUUACAAAAGUUGCAAUAAGCUAUAUUUUUAACAUUUACGUAACAUCUGUGCAGCGCUGAAAGCACCAGACAGAAUAAUUCUUUGCCCUAACAGUAGUUUAUGAAAGUAGUCAGACAAACGAGAGGCACCUGGCUGCCGCUGGGAGAACGCUCCGUGUUCUCACUACUCGGUAAACAAUCACAGACAACGUGUCUUAAAGUUGAAAACAGAAGUUUAAGUUAAAACAGAAACACUCUGAAACUUUUCUGAUGAUUUUCUAAACAAUUCUGUGGGGGAGUUAUAUGUUUCUGAGACGAGUCACUGUCUAAACAUCACAUGCAUUACUAUCAUUAAGCAGCGAGGUGUGUUGAAGCUGUCAUCAGCUAAGGGGCGGAUGCUUAAGUGCAUCAGGGGCAGUGAGGAACGAGGAAGUUGUGAUCAGGCUGGAGAUCACACCAGAUUCGCUGCUGCAGGCGUGAAUCUGCAGGUCUGCAGCAUCCCCUUCUUAAUGUGACAUCAGGACUUCCCAUGUAAGGAAGGUCCGCUCACCUGUUCGUCAGAUCAUUAUUUCCUCGCCAUGAUCUUUUAUCUUCCCAUCAUCCUCCAGUCAUCCAACUGGAACCAGUUAGUGUUCCUGAUCAUUCUCAGAAUAUGUCACGCCUGCUCUGGUGUUAAAAGUUAGUACAUUUAAGUCCUAGAUCAUAUUUGUGUCUGUUCUACUGUCAUUUUGAAGGAUUAUUAUUUAUAUGUGUGUUUUUACUAUAUUAUGAGUAGAAAUGCUAAUAAAAACUCCCAAUUAUACAAACAAGUGAAACAGGAAAAAUUAGAAUCUGGUGCAAAGUCAAAUUUAUUUCAGUCAUUCAACUAGACAGAGAGACUAUUUAAAGGCUCAGGAACCCUUUGCAUGUGUUUUCUAUUUGUAAUUAUAAAUUUUAGUUGAUUUGGGUUUUGUUUCAUAUCACACAGUGACAUUUGAAUAAUUAAAAUGCAUUUUUUUAUUAAAAGCUUUAGUUUACAGUAAUAACCAUGUCUAAUGUUUGAUUCUCUGUCUCAUAAUUUUAAUUAAAAGUUUUAAUUUGAGAGCACAUUUUCCUGAACGAUUAAAAUGCGAUUAAUUUAGAUUAAUUAAUUACAAAGCCUCUAAUUAGAUAAAAAAAAUUUAAUCAAGUCCCAGCCCUAGUCAAUUAGACGUUUGUUCAGAAAAUAAGGACAAAUAUCAUUUUUUUCCAGUGAAGAAUAAACUCGGGUGGAAGCCCUUUUUUUUAA